AUGAAAGGAUGGUUGGAACAAUGCAGUGCUCUUGGUGGUGGAGAUGGACCAGAAGCAGUGGCUGACGCACUUCACGAUGCCCUAAACCUCUCCUGGCGUUCUGACGCUGCCAAAAUCUGCAUUCUCAUUUCGGAUGCCCCACCACAUGGACUUGUUCGGGCAGGUGACGGCUUUCCAGAUGGCUGCCCUGCAGGUCAUGAUCCACUCAACAUCGUUCGAAAGAUGGCUGAGAAAAAUAUCACACUCUAUACCGUUGGUGUUGAACCUCCAAUCAUACCCUAUCGUGAGUUUUUCAUGACAAUUGCACAUAUUACCGGUGGACAAUACGUUCCAAUGGUUGAUGCAAAUCGACUUGCCCAAAUGAUUAUUGGCGGAGUACGCGAAGAGAUAUCCAUCGAUCGUGUUAUGGAUACUGCGAAACGCGACAUAGCUCGAGAAAUGCGCAAAGCAGCGUCAGACGGAGUUGACGAUAUAGAAACAGCCAGACGACUACAACGAGUUUUUUCGGACAAGAACAUAGUAGUCAAUCGCAUGAAAAAUGAGGCUGGAGCACCGUCAAAAGCAGCGGAAGAAUGCUACUCGAAGUGUGUCGACAUGUCUGAUAUACAGCAACAAUACAAGCAAACACAGACAGUGUCACAUACAAAACCAGCUGAAAUGGACUAUAAAUUAGAAGAGGAAAAAACAGUCAGUUUAGAACAAGCAAAACGCAUUGUUCAGAAGGCCAAAAACUGGGAUUACUCAACUAUUGAUCAAGCUGAAAACAAUGGUAAUCCAUCAUGCAAACAUGGGACAAGAUGUCAUGAUCAUAGUGAAUAUCAUCGAGCAAGAUUUUCACAUCCGGAGAACGAUAAUCUUUCUACACAACGGAAAUACGAAACCAAAUCCAAUCACCAUAACACUCAGUAUCGAGCAGCACAUCGCACCACUCAAAAAGAUAGUAAUCGUAUACCAUGCAAAUACGAAGAAAGAUGUCAUGACCAUAGUGAAUAUCACCGUGCAAAAUAUUCACAUACUGAAAACGAAAGUCGUCGCACACCUUGCAAACAUAAAGAAAAUUGUCAUGAUCAUAGUGAAUCCCAUCGUGGGGCGUUCUCACAUCCUGAAACUGAUGAUCAUCAUAUACAAUGCAAACAUGGUUCGAGUUGUUACGAUAAUAGUGAUUAUCAUCGAACGAAGUAUUCACAUCCAAAUAUAUCCAGUUAA